AUGAAGGAUACUCACGAGCAGGAGCCCAUUGCGGUUAUUGGCAUGGCAUGCCGAUUUCCUGGCGGCUCUGAUACUCCCUCAAAACUCUGGGACUUACUCAAAGCACCUCGGGAUCUCUCUAAACGUGUUCCAACUGAUCGGUUCGAUUCGAGCGGUUACUAUCACGCCAAUGGUUCCCACCACGGUGCCACUGACUGCCGCGAUGCGUACUUUCUAGAGGAAGACGUAACGAAGUUUGAUAAUGCGUUUUUCAACAUUCAGCCUGGCGAAGCUGAGGCUCUCGACCCCCAGCAGCGUCUACUCAUGGAGACUGUAUAUGAGUCUUUAACCACUGCAGGUCAGACCAUUGAAGAUUUACGGGGCUCCCAAACCGCAGUGUAUGUUGGUCUCAUGUGCGAUGACUGGGCGCAAAUGACUGGGCGAGACUGGGACUUGGUCCCAACGUACACCGCUACCGGGACGAGUCGCGCCGUUCACUCCAACCGUAUCUCUUAUUUUUUUGACUGGCAUGGUCCCAGCAUGACUAUUGACACGGCAUGCUCAUCGUCUCUUGUGGCAGUACAUCAAGGCGUGGCGGCCUUGCGCAGUGGCCAGUCUCCCAUAGCCAUCGCAGCUGGCGCAAAUUUGAUACUCGCUCCAGUGCUGAAAUCUACGGAUUGCGUCAUAGGGAUGUGGAUCGCUGAAAGCAAUCUUCACAUGCUAUCACCAACCGGUACCAGCAAGAUGUGGGAUGCUGCCGCUGAUGGCUAUGCCCGUGGCGAAGGUAUAGCAGCUGUGGUGUUGAAAACGCUCAGCGCAGCCAUAAGGGACGGAGACAACAUAGACUGUAUUAUUCGGGAAACCGGUGUCAAUCAAGAUGGCCGCACUGCUGGCCUGACGAUGCCUAGCAACCUGGCUCAGUCUGACCUUAUCCGUGACACAUAUCGACGAGCAGGGCUUGAUAUCAAUAAUGCCAAAGAUCGCCCUCAGUUCUUCCACGCACAUGGCACUGGCACGCCGGCUGGUGAUCCACAGGAGGCUGAGGCUAUCUCACGGGCCUUUUUCGAAUCUGGAGAUAUCAAAGACACGCUCUAUGUAGGAUCGAUCAAGACCGUGAUUGGGCAUACCGAAGGCACCGCCGGCCUUGCCAGUCUCAUUGGCACAAGUCUUGCGAUGAAACAUGGCACUAUUCCCGCAAAUUUGCAUUUCAACAAGUUAAGCGAUCGUGUAGCUCCAUUCUGCACGCAUUUACAAGUUCCUGCAACAUCUAUGCCAUGGCCUGUCACAGUGCCAGGGCAACCACGCCGGGCUAGUAUCAAUAGCUUCGGUUUUGGUGGCACUAAUGCUCAUGCUAUCAUUGAGGGCUAUGAGCUUCCGCCAACACAGCAGUACAUGGCGAAGGCAAAAUCCUUUACGCCGCUUACCAUAUCCGCCACUACGCCGUCUGCUCUCCGUUCUAUGCUCUCCGAUUUGCAAGGCUAUUUGGCAAACAAUGAAGGCGCAAAUAUACGAGACCUUUCUCAUACGCUGCAAGAUCGCCGGUCGACUUUCGCUUUCCGUAAAACCAUCGCAAGUAGCACACCCGCUGACGCAAUCAACAGAAUAGAGAGUGUGCUUGCUAGCCCUCCAGGUGAGGAUGGCCUCAAUUUGCGCUAUUCUGACAUCGCGAAACCCAGGAUUCUUGGAGUAUUCACUGGUCAAGGCGCCCAAUGGCCACGAAUGGGCGCAAGGCUGAUUGAAGAAUCACCAUUUGCGGCCCGUCGCCUUAAGGAGCUUGACCAAGCCCUCUCUACACUCCCAGAGGAUGACCGCCCGAGUUGGAAGUUAACAGAUGAGCUCCUGGCAGAGGCAUCAGCGUCCCGCCUUUCACAGGCCGCAAUUUCUCAACCGCUAUGUACAGCGGUUCAAAUAGUGCUUGUUGAUCUGAUGAAAGCCGCAGACAUUCAGCUUGGGGCUGUGGUUGGUCAUUCAUCAGGCGAGAUUGGCGCCGCGUACGCUUCUGGAUUUUUGUCAGCCACAGAUGCAAUUCGCAUCGCCUAUUAUCGUGGUGUAUAUGCAAAGUUAGCUCGCUCUCCGAUCGACGAGAAUAUCAAGGGGGCCAUGAUGGCCGCAGGGAUCUCCUUUGAAGAUGCCCUUGAGCUGUGUGAAUUAGACGACUUUGACGGCCGUAUUCAGAUAGCAGCCCGCAACUCCUCGACCAGCGUGACUCUUUCAGGCGACGAAGAUGCCAUCAACGAGGCCGUGGAAAUUUUAAAAGAUGAAGGCAGGUUUGCGCGCAAAUUGCAGGUCGAUACUGCCUAUCAUUCGCACCAUAUGCAGGCUUGUGCUGCGCCGUAUCACGAAGCAUUGACGAGGUGCAAUAUCACAGUGCGGGACGGUAAUAGCACAACAUGGUUCUCUAGCGUGGUCACUGGCCAGGUGAUGACACGAGAUCUGAUCCAAGAGCAGUACUGGGUCGAGAACAUGACAGGUGCGGUGUUGUUUGCCCCAGCUGUUGUUGCUGCUGUCGAAGCUGGUCCGUUCGACAUCGCCAUUGAAUUCGGUCCCCAUCCCGCCUUGAAAGGCCCCUGUCUUGACACCAUUGAACAAGUCUCGGGCCAUAAAAUCCCAUAUACUGGCACGUUGACGCGGCAAAAGAACGAUGUGGAUGAGCUUUCCUCCGCACUAGGUUUCGCAUGGGCGGAACUCGGCUCGGGGUCUGUUAAUUUUAACGAAUUCGAAUCAUUAAUUUCUGGCUCGUCAAUUCAACGGAAAAUGCUUGCCGACCUUCCGACGUACCCGUUUGACCAUUCACGCUCAUUCUACACUCUUACUCGCCUCUCAGGUAGCCAUCGAAACACGCAUACGCCCCUCCAUCCAUUGCUUGGCCGGCGAUGUGUCGAGACAGAGUCCGACGAUGAGAUAUCGUGGCGAAAUGUUUUGCGUUCUACUGAAAAUAGCUGGCUUCAAGGUCAUGCUCUCCAAGGCCAAGUAGUCUUUCCAGCUAUGGGCUACAUCGCCAUGGCGGUGGAAGCGGCUGCUUCUCUGGCUGGCCCAGAGCGAAGACUGGGACUCAUCAGCCUUGAGGAUGUCCUUAUCGGCCGGGCGAUGGCCUUUGGCGACGAAAGUGUAGGAAUGGAGGCCAGAAUUGCCGUGAAAAUUGUUAGUUUCACCGACGACAUCCUUCACGGCAAAAUUACAUGCCAUUCGGGAUUACCCUAUGAUAAUUCCACACCGCUGGCGUUGAACUUCAGCGCCAAUGUCAUUGUAUCGUUCCAUGAGCCGGAGAAAACAACGCUACCAGCGGUCCGGGUUGACGAAAUCAAUCUUGCCAACACUGAUCCGCAGCGAUUAUACUCACAAUUUAACAAGCUCGGCUAUAACUAUAGCCCGCCAUUUACGGGCGUUCAGGUUAUCCAACGCAAGAAAGGCUUCGCAACGGGAGAAAUUGAGGACAUUUCGGGAGACAAGUGGGAAGAUCAGCUUAUAGUCCACCCAGGCUUGCUAGACUCGGCGCUCCAGACUGCGUUUGCUGCCUACUCUCAUCCUCACGACGAACGGUUUUGGACAUUACACGUUCCUACGGCCAUCCGAUCCGUCACUAUCAAUCCAUACUUUACCGAUCGAGGUGCCGGUCGAUACAAGCAGUUCCAGUAUCAAUCUGUAUCUCGUGACGAGCUGGAGUCUCCUGUUGUGGCGGAUAUUGAUAUCUUCGCCGGACAAGGAGAAUCACAUGCCUUUGUUCAGUUUGAAUCCGUUAAAGUCCAACCAUUUGCGGCAGCUAGCGUCCGGGAUGAUGCGCUCAUUUUUUCGCGAUUUGCGUAUGAGCUGGCUGAACCUGAUGCAAAGGUGGCAGUUGAGGGAGGCGUCUCACAACAUCCAGAUACCGACGAAAUAUUCCAGAUCAUCGAACGUGUGGGAUUUUACUAUCUGCGCCGACUGCAUGAGACUAUUACCCCAGAGGAGGCCUCGGCGACGCUGUCCCAUUAUCAACUCCUUUUAGACUUCGCAAGCCGGACUGUGCCGCGUGUUGCACGCGGAGAUCAUCCCACAGUACCAAAGGAGGCAAUGGCCGACUCGUCUGGUUAUAUCCGUUCCUUGAUUGCCAAAUACCGCCACCGAUCUGAUCUACAGCUUUUGGAAACCGUAGGGGAAAACAUCAUUCCUGAGAUCCGACGCAAUGGGAGCAUGAUAGAGCACAUGCUCAAAGACGGGGUCUUGGACCAAUUUUAUGAGGAAGGUUUCGAGUUUGCCAACAUUUGGAUUGGUCGUGUUGUUGCUCAGAUUGCCCAUCGCCAUCCGCGCAUGAGAGUGUUCGAAAUUGGUGCUGGCACGGGAGGCUCGACUCGUACAAUCUUGCCCAUGCUAGGCGAUGCAUUUGCAAGUUAUACGUUUACGGAUCUCUCCGCAGGGUUUUUCGAGCGUGCCAAUGACCGCUUUAUUAAGUACUCGGACAGGAUGAUAUACAGCACGUAUAAUAUGGAGAUAUCUCCCUCAGAACAGGGCUUUGAAGAAGGAAGCUACGAUCUAGUCCUGGCAUCAAACGUGUUACAUGCCACUGGGAAGAUAGAAGAUACCAUGGCCAACGCGCGCCGCCUUCUUCGACCUGGUGGCUAUCUUGUCAUGAUUGAGAUUAUGGGAAAUGACUACCUUGGUAUCGGUGCGACUAUGGGUGGUCUACCGGGUUGGUGGGCUGGCGCCGCCGUCGAUCCGGCCCGGAGAGACGGACCUUGCUUGACUUUGGACCAGUGGGAUACGCUGGUUCGCCGGCAUGGUUUCAACGGCGUGGAAACUCAUACGCCUCUUGACCGCAAGCUGCAAUGGUAUGCUGUCUUGGUGUGUCGGGCGGUCGACGACCGUGUUCUCAGUCUCCGUGACCCCCUUCAGGCCCCAGUACCAGUCUCCAACACUAGUGAUCUGGUGAUCGUUGGAGGGCGUACUCUGGCAGUAGCGGAGCUUGUCAAACAAGCCUCGGCGUUGCUGAAGUUCCGCUAUCCAACGGUUACUCACAUGGAGUCCCUGGAGGAGCUCAAUCCAAACACACUAGCCCCGGGAAGCACGGUUCUUUCACUGGUCGAGCUCGACCAACAAUUUCUAGAAACUCGCACAGAGGCUAAGCUUGAGGCGUUGAAGACGCUCUGGAGAAACGGUCGUAGCAUCAUGUGGGUGACUCGAGGAGCCAGGCACGAAAGUCCUCACUCCGCCUCCAUGGUUGGCCUGGCACGAGUUGCGCGUUAUGAGUAUCCUCAUAUUAACCUCCAGAUCGUGGACUUCGAUGUGCUCCCAUCAGCAAACGCCGUGGCAGAAUCUCUCCUACGCCUGGAACUGGGCAAGCGUUUCGAAGAUGAAGGUGCACAGCUCCUUUGGACAGUGGAGCCGGAAUUGCAUUACGUCAAUGAUCAGCUUCACAUUCCGCGUCUGUAUCCAUACAUUGAAGCAAACCAGCGCUAUAAUACUUGCCGUCGUACUGUAUCAGCGGAAGUAAACCCACAUAAAGCAACAGUAGUGCUGGAGCCCACCGCAAAUGGAACGGCUUUGAAGCCGUGUGCUGUAUCACCACUCCGUAUACCGCUCGAGCUACCGGGAAGUGGCAAGAAGCAAAUCACGAUACAACUCCAACAAUCGCUACUACAGUCUAUCAAAAUCCAUAAUGUGGGAUUUUUCAACCUCUGUGCCGGUACCGAAGUCGAUUCUGGCGAGGGUGUUCUUGCAUUCAUAGAUGCACCUGUUGAAUCUACCAUCCAUAUCCCCAUGGAAUGGAGCAUCAAAGUGCCGGAGGCGAACAACAUGGCUUCCGCAAUGGUACAGGUGGCAGCUUACAUCCUGGCGCAAAGUAUCAUUGCAGCCACUCCCCGCUUUGGUACCCUAGUCGUUCACGAAGGAGAUCCUGUUUUGACGAAGGCAAUCGACAAGGAGGCGGCCAAGGAAGGGGUCCAAGUUGCCUUCACCACUGCUUCGAAGGCGGUCAAAAAGGACCACGCGGUUUUGUUUAUUCAUAACAAGCUUCCUACGCGCCUUGUGCGGAAGCUGCUGCCUCAAGAUGUUUCGCUGUUUGUUAAUUUGGCUCCGGCAUCACCAGUUACCGAGCUGCUUGCAAGCUGUCUUCCUCGACAUACAGCCACAGCCACAGUAACAGAUUUCGUCCGCGUGGAAUCGAGUGAAUGCUCCAACUCGGACAUUGGACAAGCUGGUCAAGUUCUCAAAUCGGCAUGGAGUGCAGUGACAAAACUGAACCGUCGCGGUGGCAAGACAUCCGGAUCAACGCCCAAUAUCGUGACUCUCUCUGGUAUAAGCAGCCAAAAGCCCAUUCAAGGACCUCUGAGCGUCGUGGAUUGGAACACGGAAGCUGUUGACAUUUCCCUUCGACCAAUCGAUCACGGUAACAUUUUCCGCGCCAACGGUACUUAUUUCCUAGUCGGCCUAUCCGGAGAACUCGGUCAAUCGCUGUGCAGCUGGAUGGUAGCCCACGGUGCUCGUCAUGUCGUCCUGAGCAGUCGAAGGCCCAAGGUCGACCCUCGAUACAUUGAAGAGAUGGCCUCUCAAGGCGCAAAUGUGAGAGCCAUGGCAGCUGACGUCACCCGAAGAGACUCUCUGCGCGCCUGCUACGAUAUCAUUCAUGCUGAAAUGCCUCCCAUCAUUGGUGUUGCAAACGGCGCAAUGAUCCUCGAGGAUGUCAUGUUCGAUGAUCUUCAGUUCGACUCGCAAGAGAGAACAAUGCCACCAAAGGUCGAAGGCAGCAUGUAUCUAGACGAGCUAUUCUACGACACACCUUUGGAUUUCUUCAUCCUCUUCACGUCUCUUGCACACAUCGGAGGUAACACGGGACAGUCUACGUAUGUCAUGGCAAAUCUGUUCAUGGUCGCGCUCGCGGCGCAGCGGCGUGAUAUACGUGGUGUAGUUGGAUCAGACAUGGCCAUAGGAUCUGUAACUGGUAUGGGAUUCUUCGAGCGCUCCAGUUUAGACCCAGAUCACUUCUCACGCAUGGGCUACCGUAACAUGUCUGAGCAAGACUUCCAUCAACAGUUCGCCGAGGCUAUUCUGGCUGGCAGACCUGGCACAAAAGGUAUUUCCGAGGUGGCAGUCGGUCUCCAGCCUUACCAUGAUACGCCGAAUAUCCAGGCGCAGCUACGGACGGAUCCCAGGUUCCGACACUACCUGCUUCAAGACCGCGAUUCCAGCGCGCAGGGACUAGCAGGAGGGAGCAAUGGUGGUGCGAAGCCCCGUGUACAACUUGCCAAGGUCAAGUCGCGCGCCGAGGCGUUUACAGUAGUGUAUGACGCUUUUAUUGACCGCCUUAAGCGUAUUCUGUUGAUGUCAUCGACGGAGACGAUUGACCCCAUGGUGUCUCUUGUUGAGUUGGGGGCUGAUUCCAUCAUGGCCGUUGAUGUUCGCGCAUGGUUCUUGAAGGAGCUCGACGUUGAUAUACCAGUUCUGAAGAUUCUAGGACCAGGUGAGAAUCUUUCAGUGCUAGUAGAAGAAGCAGUCGACAAGCUCCCAGUAGACAUUGUGGACGUGAGCAAGCUAGCGGAGGGUGAAGCAGCAGCCAUGCAGCAACCGCCGACAGCAAAACCAAAGUUUGAACAGCCAAUAGUGCUCGAAACGACGAGUGCUGCUUCCUCAUCUAUUACAGAAACCGAUAGUUCGCCGGCCUCAGCAACACCUCUAGAGACCCCGAUGGGCGUCGACACAGAAACGGAGUUCUUUGGCGAAAAAAGCCAGCAGCUGGCCAAGAAGCUACAAGAGAACCAAGAAGAAACAGGUCAGAGUUGGCGUCAAGCAGUUCUCCAAUCAUCCACUGAGCACACCGAGCAGAUGACAUUCGGGCAGAACCGAUUCUGGUUCCUGACACACUAUGUUGAUGAUCCGACAACAUUCAACAUUGCUUACCUGGGUAAGCUAACGGGCCGUAUACGAGUCAACGAUCUCGCAAAGGCUGUAGAGUCCGCAACACAACGGCACGAGUCCCUUCGGACGCGAUUUUUCUGGUCCAACGAUGACACAAAGACUCCCAUGCAGGGUGUUCUAUCCAAGACUCUUGUCCGUCUAGAGACAGCCACUAUUGAGUCGGUUGCAGAGGCUGCUCAAGAAUUGGACGAUAUGCGAAACUAUGUCUGGGACUUGGGUGACUGGGUUCCUCUACGAAUGCGACUCCUAUCACUGUCGGAGACGGAGCAUUUUCUUAUUAUCGGAAGCCACCACAUCUCCAUGGACGGCCAUAGCUUCAGUGUAUUGAUGCUGGACAUCCAACUAGCCUACAAUAACCCAGGACAACGGCUCACAGCCCUUCCAGACGCAUCACAGGCCCGGGCUUUCGGACAACAGCAACGUAUAGCAUUUCAGACUGGUAAGCUGAGAUCCGCUGUUGAACAUCAUCGGAAAAUGCUUCCAUCCGCAGAUCUCACGCGUCCCAUUGAGCUAUUUUCUUUUGCUCGAACGCAGGUCCGCCCACCCCUUGAUCGAUACGACACUCAUGUCGCAAAGAUCCAACUUCCACUUGAAAUCACGGCUAAACUGAAGCAACUUGCACGAGGACACCGUGCUACGGCAUUCCAUGCCUACCUAGCUGCUCUGCAAGCUCUACUUUUUCAACUUUUGCCAGCCGCAACAACUGACAAGGUUGUAAUCGGUCUAGCAGACGCCAACAGAUUGGACAGCAAGUUCAUGGGUAGUAUUGGAAACUUCCUAAAUGUCCUUCCUGUUCGAUUUGAUCGAACAGCAACGCAGACCUUUGGCGAGGCUAUGGCGUUGGCACGUGAUAGAGCAUACACUGGGCUAAAGCACUCUGCUUUGCCGUUUGAUUUGCUUCUAGAUGAGCUCGAAGUUCCCCGAUCCAAUGCCUGGGCUCCUGUGUUUCAAGUCUUCAUGGAUUACCGACUGGUUGUGAAGGACCAUGCCAACAAGAAUUGGAUCGGAUGUAAAAUUGGAGACGAAAAUUGGCACACAUCCCGUAGCGGAUAUGACGUCGCGUUGGAAAUCAUGGAAGGGCAGGACGGGGCAAUGGUUGCCAUGCACGUACAAAAAGCCCUCUAUAAUUCUCUGGGGGCAGAACUUCUCGUCAACAGCUACGUCAAUGUACUGAAGCAAGUCGUAACGAGGGGAGACCAUGUUCCAGUGCAAGAAUUACAAAAGUGGGAUACGGAGACUGUCAGGAAAGGGUUGAUUGUUGGCAACGGCCCUAGCAUGACGCUCAAGUGGCCAGCAACGGUAGCCCAUCGCAUUGACCAGGUCAUCGCAGCGUAUCCUGACUCGGUGGCUCUGAAAGACGGAUACGGCAAAAUCAUGACGUAUAGAGAAAUGGACCAGCGAGUCAACAGUAUCUCUCACGCACUCCGCGGUCUGCUACCUUCAUCUGGCAAUCAACCAAUUGUUGGCGUUUUUCAAAUGCCCUCUGCCAAUUGGAUGUGUUCGUUGCUCGCCAUACACCGAAUUGGGGCAAUAUAUUUGCCUCUUGAUCUCCGUAACGGUACUCCAAGAUUGAGAAGCACUGUUCACGCAGCGCGGCCAGCAGCGCUCUUGGUGGAUGCGGACACAAUGGAACGCGUCAAGGAAAUCUGUGAUGACGCAGAGAUAAUGACCAUAAAUGUAUCUGACUCAUCUCUAUCUCACAAUCCGACGAAGGUGGAAACAGUAGCCACCGCUAGCGAUUCCGCGUACAUCAUCUUCACCAGCGGCUCAACGGGCGAGCCUAAGGGAAUCGUUGUCAAGCACGCAGGGCUUCGUACAAACCUGGAAGGUUACCAUGUCGAGUGGGCUAUUGACACCGUCUCUAAUGUUGUACUUCAGCAAACAGCACUCAGCUUUGACGCCUCCUUGGUACAGAUAUUUGCCGCGCUGACCACUGGGGGCUGUCUGUUCGUCGUUCCCGCUGAUGCUCGUGGUGAUCCCGCCGAGGUAACUCGUUUGAUGGUCGAGCAUGGUGUGACAAUGACUCAGGCGACUCCCUCCGAAUAUGACAUGUGGUUUCGUUUCGCCCCCGAGACGCUACAUCGGUGUAAAACUUGGAAAGCUGCAUGGUUUGGAGGUGAGAGAGCCGGCCCAUCAGUCCUCGAUGGCUUCCGCAGGUCAUGCAGGGCCAUUCCAAACCUACGAGUCUUUACAAGCUAUGGCCCAACGGAGUCAACCAUUUCGGCCAUGAAAGGCGAAGCAGACGUACGCAAUCCUGACCUCCGAGUGCCUGUUCCAGGUCGUUUGCUUCCAAACUAUGCAGCAUACAUUGUCGACGAUGCCAUGCAGCUUGUUCCCACAGGCGUCCCGGGUGAAAUUGUGCUUGGUGGCGCCGGUGUAGGCAACAACGAAUAUCUUAAUCGACCCGAUCUUACAGCCAAGCAGUUUCCAAAAGAUAAGUUUGCAUCGCGGCAAGAAGACGGCUGGGGCCGUAUGUUUCGAACCGGGGACUAUGGACGACUGGACGCCAGGGGUUAUCUCACCGUCGAGGGCCGAAUCGCCGGCGAUACACAAGUAAAGUUACGUGGCUUCCGAAUCGAGCUGGCCGAGAUUGAACGAGUUAUGGUCAAAGAGUCAGGCGGUAGUAUCUCUGAUGCCGUGGUUACACUUCGUGGAGAAGGCGAGCAAGAUGGCUUCCUGGUUGCUCAUGUUGUGUUUGAAGGGCAUGGAGGCGGACACAAGGAGACGGCCGAGACGGUGGACCAGCUACGAGCUCGACUGCCUCUCUGCCUUCCACAAUACAUGUGCCCGGCAGUCAUUGUUCCCCUGGACAGACUUCCCCUUACGUCUCAUCAUAAAGUUGACCGAGUAGUCUUGCAGGCCUUGCCCCUGCCCAUGCUCGGGUCUGAAGCAGCCGAACGAUCACAAAACCUAACUGCAACAGAAAUGAAGCUGGCCAAACUCUGGGACGACCUUCUUCCUCCACGUACAAGUAUUUCAGCGCUUGGCCCGAGAUCUGAUUUCUUCCGCUCGGGCGGCAACUCCCUGCUGCUUGUGAAACUUCAGGCAGCUAUCAAGAGCGAAUUCAGUAACGCUCCAAGGCUGAGCAAGUUGAUGAACGCCCCUGAACUUGGAAGCAUGGCUGCGCUCAUAGAUGAUGGAGCACCUAAAGUCAACUGGGAUAAGGAGAUCGAACUUGAAGAGUCGGACAAACUCAGAUGGCAGGCCAAAGUUUCAAGAGCCACUGGCGGCCUCUGCGUCCUCAUCACCGGUGCCACAGGUUCUCUUGGCCGCAGCAUUACGCGUCGCCUCGUAAAAGAAAGCAGUGUGUCACGAGUUAUCUGUCUCGUGAGGCCAGCAGAAGGACGAGAUAUGAGCAACGUAUUCCCUGGUAUCGACAAGAAGGUGCAGAUCAUAUCAGCCGACUUACCUUCUCUCCCUGCUGAUUUAGAGCUAUACGACGUUGAUGUUGUGCUCCAUUGCGCAGCAGACCGCAAUUUUUGGGAUGGUUACCACGCCGUCAAACCAGUCAAUGUCGACGGCACCAAGGCACUCGCCCGGCUGUGUCUCCGCAUUGGGGCCAGGCUGCAUGUUCUUAGCUCAGGUUCAGUAUCUGAGUAUGAGACUGAGACGAACAGCUCUGGCGGUGCUCAUACAACGCUGCCUCGUCCAAAUCCAGACGAAGGAUACCUUUCGUCCAAGUGGGCUGCAGAGCGAUAUCUCUCUCGCGUGGCCCGAGAGACAGGGCUGCAUGUUAUUGCUCAUCGACCUACAAGAACCUUGGAAGAUGCCGUCCAGGUAGAGGAAAUGGCAAACACAGAAAGCGAAAUGGCACAUCAGAUGUUCUCUUUGUCCCAAGAGCUUGGAGUUCGGCCUGAAUUCACGAACCUUGGUGGGACCAUUGAUAUUGCUCCCCUUGCUGAUGUGAUCGCAUCCGUGACAACCGCUGUUACCACAGAACCCCCAACACAGACUGGCAUACACAUUAUGAACCAUUACGGCACUUCAAGAAUGAGAACGGAUGCUCUGGCGACGGUUGUCAAAGACUUGUUUGAAAAAGAUGAGAAUGAUAAUGUUCAAAAGCUGCCCGUUGUCUCCGCCUUGCACUGGGUGGGAUUAGCGAAGCAGGCUGGGUUGUUUGAGUGGUUCUUUACGUCGCAGAAUCUAGUUGUAGAGGAUGAAAAAGGACAUAUGAUUCUUAGUAGGCGUUAA